UCCCAUUCGGGUGUAACUUCUCUCUUGCGUUCUCCGCUUCAAAUCGGUAUACAUUCCCGUCCACGUUCACACUCUACGGACACUGUAAGGCCAUCAAUCAGUCGCCCCCUUUAUUACACUCCUCCCCCCGCGGUCGCUCUUCAGACCGCGUCUCUAUCCACCGACAGCAUCAUCAUUACAUCCUUCCAACGUGCACCGUUCUGCUGCCAUGAGGACCUUAACAUCAAUUCACGUCUGCCAAAGGCACUGCAAAUUGCAUGUGGUGAUGAUAGCGAUAGAGUCCUAACUGGGAUCCGCGCAGAGACAGCACGAGAAUCAGUCCCACCCGUUCCAGGCGCACCUAGGGCGGUACGGAUAAAGAGCAUGAAUGCGAUAUUAGAUGAAGCACCCUGGGAUGUGGAUAUUGACUCGAGUACAAUGGACGAACGAGCUAUGGUUACUCCUUCUAGCCCGCUUGCCAUGCGUCGCCCGCGCUUGGAAAUGCUCAGGGAGGAACAAGAACAGGAGGAACCUUUGAAAAAACGAAGGCGUGCUUCACCAGAGAACGCCAAUACCCCACCUGGUCGUGUGCCUACUACGUCGGGCUCACGCCUCCUCGAGAGUCUUGACGUUUCAGCCUCUCCUCUGCUUGCGUCAGACAGCAGCGAGGUCCGUCGACGCAGUGCUCGUCUCUCCAGAAACAACUCCCACCCGCGCGAAGUUGUAAUUCGCCUCCCCUUUGCAUCUUCACCCACAGCACAACCUACCCGCCUGCUCCGUUCGCACUCCCAAAGGACAAGCCUUACAACGCCUAUGCAGGUCUCGAAGCUCAAGCGAGCUCAAUCCGAUGCCAAUGUCACUCUUACACGCCCCAAGUACCAUUUUCGACGCGGGCGCGCUACACCCAAAGUUGUCGAUCCUGCCGAAUUCGUGCCAGAUGCGGAGAAGAUAAUACAGGUGCUACCGAUGAUCCCCACAGGGUCUAGGCUCGCAGUCGAUUUUCUCACUCCUAGGGCCCGUAGUGCGAGCGCAUCAACUACGGCCUCGCAGAAGAAGAGUGAAAUUGGGUCAAGGGUCGUGGAGGCGAUGGGGGAGAUGGUGGUAUGAGUUGGAGCACGCCUGAUGCAUGGCGUUGUCCAGUUCCGGAAGUUGAGGAGUUUCGAGUCAUGCGGUAUAUUCAUUUGUACUAGGA